UACCAUAGUCUCUUGUUUGUUUUCUACCUUCUACAUUGCAUAGUAUAAAUCAACCAAGCCUACAUGACCAACCAAACACCUUGAAACUCCAAAGUAGUAACAUUACUACUACUCUACUACACCAACAAAGAACAAUUAAUGGCAACCACUAGAUUAUUACGUACGACUAGGCCAUUGGGUCUUGGUCUUCCUUCUUCUACUUCUUCUUCUUCCUCUUCUUUCUCUGUGAGGUGUCUAAACAAGGUGGGGUUUGAUGGAGAGAAGAGAGUUUCUGAGAAUUGUAGGAGGAAACCAAUGGUGGCCGUGAAAGCCUCAGUGGCUUUUUCGAAGAGCUUGAUUACGGCACAACCUCAAGUCAAUCGGGGACUUUUGGAUUUGGCUUCUUUGGUGGCAAAUGUUAGCAAGGCUACGAUGAUUCUAUUAAGGAUUGCUGUGAAACAAAGGCCACGGAAAUUUCACUUGCAAAUGUUCAUUGAAAGGGCUAUAAUUGAUUGUCGAUUCUUUACAUUAUUUGCUGUUGCGGGAACUUUACUUGGUUCAGGGUUAUGUUUCCUUGAGGGUUGUUUUACCAUACUAGAGGCAUAUCUCCAAUACUUCCAUGCGUUGUCACAUAAGUCAGAUCAAGGACAUGUGAUGCAGCUACUUAUUGAAGCCAUAGACAUGUUCCUAGUAGGAACCGCCAUGCUUAUUUUCGGGAUGGGCUUGUACGUCAUGUUUGUUGGAACAAAGACAAUGAAAGAAAAGGGGUCAGGGCUUUCGGGAUCAAACUUCUUUGGACUCUUCUAUUUGAAGUCAAUACCAACAUGGGUUGGGAUGCAAUCAGUUUCUCAAGCCAAAUCGAAAAUCGGCCAUGCUGUGAUGAUGAUACUUCAAGUGGGAGUGUUGGACAAGCUAAAGAGUGUACCUGUGGUUACGGGGUUGGAUCUUGCAUGUUUUGCCGGGUCUGUGUUUAUUUGUUCGGCUUGCAUCUACCUUCUCUCUAAACUCUCUGUCGGAAGUACUAUGGAAGAUUGGUAAAGCAAUAGGAGUUCAUACAUGGGUCAAUAUAUUACAGGCCUCAAAAGGAAAUGUUAUAGCUAGAGAAAGCAGGGAAUCCCUGCGUUUAUGAGAGUUAUGUAAGAUUAUACAUACACAGAGGAAGAAGCAUAGAAGAGUGUCUCGAAGCCCUUUACAGAUCGAUAUUGUAGUUCCCAACCGUAAAAGGUCCCAUCACUGACAGCCGUCAACCUUUGAUCUUCUUGAACAAGUGUUUAAUUUAUUCGUGUAAUAGCCCAUUCUUAUUUAUUUUCUAAGUAAUAGCGAGAUAUGCCAUGAACGUGAAUAAUGCGCAUGAUGCCAUUAUAUUGUACCAUUCAUUUCAAUGGAAAAGUAAAUAUGUUAUUAAUUCAAGAAAAAAAAAAAGAAAAGUAAAUA